AUGGCUCAAGGACACGCUUUUCAUGGAGCCAUCAUCCACUCGCUCGGACCCAACGAGGUCGAGAUCCUGGAGAAUGCUGGCCUUAUUGUGAACGGCGAUGGUGUCAUAACCGAGUUUUUCCAAGACAUCUCCGCGGAAGAGCUGUCAAAGAAGGUUCCUGCCACCGCCCAACUUCGCUCAAUCCCUAAAGGCCAAUUCUUAUCGCCGGGCUUCAUCGAUACGCACAAUCAUGCUCCUCAAUGGGCCAUGAGGGGUCUUGGCCAAGGCCUGCACAUCCUCGACUGGCUCGAUCAAGUCACAUUUCCCCACGAAGCCCGAUUCUCAGACCCUCAAUAUGCUCGGAAGGUCUACGAAAGCUGUGUCGAUGGAUUUCUCAAACAAGGCAUUACGACGGCGUCUUACUAUGGCUCAAAACAUGCCGAAGCUACGCAAAUUCUCGCAGACAUCUGCCUAUCGAAGGGUCAGCGAGCCUUUGUAGGAAAAUGCAACAUGGACCGCAACGCCCCCAGCUACCUCCAUGAUACCUCAGCUGAGUCGUCGCUGCAGGAGACGGUGGAGUGUGUGAAGCACAUCAGGAACAUCGAUCCCACGGGAAAGCUUGUGCGCCCAGUGCUUACACCACGCUUCGCAAUCUCUUGCACUCCCGAGCUACUUGCUGGGCUGGGGAAGAUGGCUGAGGAGGAUACGAAACUGGCAAUUCAGACUCAUUUCAACGAAGCGGAGCAAGAGAUCAAGGCGACGCGUGAGCUGUUUCCCGAGUUCUCCAGCGAGGCGGACCUGUACCACCACUUCGGGCUGCUGAACCAGCGUUCGAUUCUUGCACAUUGCACAUUCAUGACCGAUUAUGAAAUGCAGAAGAUCAGAGAGUAUGAAUGUGGUGUUGCCCAUUGUCCGAUCUCGAACAUGACGGUUGGCGGUGGCUUCAUGGCGGCGUCCAUUCGCCAAUUCCUAGCAAGGGGCAUCAAAGUCGGCCUUGGUACUGACAGUGGAGGUGGAUUUUCUUCCAGCAUGCUCGACAGCAUCCGUCAAGCAGUGAUCGCCUCGAAUGCUCGUGAGGUAAUGUCUGACGGAAAAGACAAGGCGCUAUCUCUGGACGAAGUCUUCUACUUAUCGACAUUGGGCGGAGCUAGGGUUUGCUGUCUUGAAGACAAGAUUGGCAGUUUUGCCGCAGGCAAGGAGUUCGAUGCUCUAUGGAUCACUUGCCCGUUGGAGUCCUUCGGUGUGAUGACUGUUAGGGAGGAGUCAGAUACUUUGAGAACGGUGUUUGAAAAGUUCCUAAUGACGGGCGAUGAUCGGAAUAUUGCACGUGUGUACGUGCGUGGAAGGUUGAUCAAAGAUGCGCCCUCCACAUAG